AUGGCUUCUCUCAAUUUCCUGCUUCUAGCGCUGGUUUUAGUGGCAUGCAGCGCCGCCGUCCCAUGGGCUGCGCGGCCGCUGAACACGGAGUCGUCGUCGAUUCCGCCGCUGGCCUCUCGAUUAAUGCAGCUGGACAAUAACUAUAACUCUUCCUCCGACGACAACAACAGCUACUGUUGGGACUCCUUGUUUGAACUCCACUCCUGCAUCGGCGAGGUAAUCCUUUUCUUCCUCAACGGCGAGACCUAUCUAGGCCCCACUUGCUGCCGCGCCAUCCACACCGUCCAGCUUCAUUGCUUGCCUUCCAUGAUCGAUUCCCUCGGCUUCACCCCCCAAGAGAGCGACAUCCUCCGCGGCUACUGCGAUGCUUCUCUCUCCGGCCACCUUCACCCACCUCCUCCCCUACCGGAGACCUUCAAGCCCGACGUCGAUGUUACCCAGAACUUGCUCUCGUAG